GUGCACAUGCGCAGUAGGUGAAGCCUCGAAGGGAACUCGGAAGUUCUUCUAGCUUUUAAAGCUUCAGCGUCCUGCCGUUGGAGGACAUAUUUUAGACAAAAUGAUCACUAAACUGAUAGGUCAAAAGUAUGUGGCCGUUGCCAAGUCAUGGAUCCCAACUAUGGCUGUAUGGGGCACAACAGGAGGCGUAGCUCUGGUCUACCUAACAGACUGGCGAUUGGUUUUGGAUUAUGUUCCCUACAUCAACGGCAAAUUUAAGAAGGAUGAUUAGUAGCUAUCAGGUUGGUGCUGUCUCUUUUCUUUUCUACACCAAGACCUACAUAAUGAACAUGAAGUACUGCAGCCGACACUCUGCACUGUGUUCCAACUACAUGGCAAACCACUGGAGCCCAUCAUCUUCAUCCAGCUGCUCAGUCAACAUUGAACUGUUCGCCACAAAUAUCCACGGAAAUGCACCAGGGUUUGGCAUUUCAGCGUUCCUCUGUCAGUGAAAACAAGAGUGGAAGAAAACGGACAUGAUAAAUGUGCUUUUUUCCUUUCUUUCUUGGUUUAACGAUGGGUAUUUAAUUUAUUCAUCUGUGCUCUGCGGGUCAGGUUUUGAUCCUUGAUUGUAACUGUUUUAAAGAGAACAAGUAAAGUAUGUGCGAUUUAUCCUAUGUUAUGGUUGUGUGUAAUUAUUUUUGCUUGCAACAAUUGAAUUAAAAUGUGUUUCUAGAUCUUGA